AUGGGAGAAGAAAUCAAAAUUGACAAGGCGUUGUUCUCCGAUCGCCUAUCUACUCUUUACACAGCAUGGAAGGCGGACAAGCGAUCUACCAGCCCUGUGUUUGGCGGAGCCACUUCCAUUGUGGUCGUGAUGGGCAGAACGGAGGACACGAACUCCUUUCAGAAGAGCAAUUCAGUGCAUUUCUGGCUUCUCGGAUACGAAUUCCCCGCUACCCUCUGCGUAUUCACACUAGAAGGGAUGUACGUUGUCACAACUGGGAAAAAAGCCAAGCAUUUGGAGCCUUUGCAGGGCGGCAAAAUUCCCGUGGAGCUUUUGAUCAUUUCGAAAGACCCUGAAACUAAAACAAAAGCAUUUGAAAAGUGUCUGGACUUGAUUAAAUCCUCAGGCAAUAAAGUCGGUGUCCUUCCUAAAGACACCUCUUCUGGCCCCUUUGCGGAUGAGUGGAAACGAACAUAUUCAGAUAUUUCUAAAAAUAUUGAAGAAGUAGACAUUGGGCCGGCGUUAUCCAGUGUCUGUUUUUCUGUGAAGAGCCAGGAAGAACUGAUUCUCAUGCGAAAUGCCGCUCGCGCCUGCAGUGGACUUAUGUCAGAGUAUUUUGUUGAUGAGAUGUCACAACUUUUGGAUGAAGAAAAAAAAAUGAGCCAUAGGGCACUGUCUGCGAAAAUUGAUGCGAAACUUGAUGACGCCAAAUUUUUCAAUAAGUUAAAACUGCCAGCCCAAUUCGAUGCCCAGCAUAUUGAUUGGGCGUACGGUCCUAUUGUUCAGAGUGGCGGCAACUAUGAUUUGAAGUUCAGUGCUAUCAGCGACUCUAAUAAUCUGCAAGCUGGCAUCAUCAUUGCCACGUUUGGCAUUCGAUACCAAACCUAUGCCGCAGCCAUUGGACGCACUUUUCUUGUUGACCCUACGAAGUCUCAAGAAAACAAUUAUGGCUUUUUACUCAGCGUUUAUGAUGCAGUUAUUAAAGAAAUUCGUGAUGGGGCAGUAGUAAAAGACCUUUAUAACAAGGCAUUGGGCCUCAUCCGGGCCAAGAAACCUGAUCUUGAGAAACAUUUUGUGAAAAAUAUUGGUGCAAGUAUUGGCAUCGAAUUACGAGAUAACAACAUGGUUCUCAAUGGGAAAAAUACCAAAACUUUGAGAAGUGGAAUGACCUUGUGCCUUGCUGUCGGUUUUACGGAUGUUGCGGAUCCCGAUGCCAAAGAAAAGAAAGAUCGAACUUACUCUAUGGUCAUCACCGAUACAGUUCGUGUUGGCGAUAGUGGUCCUCAUGUUUUCACCAAAGAUGCUGGCAUGGACUUGGAUUCGGUGUCAUUUUACUUUGGUGAUGAGGAAGAAGAGCAAGCAAAACCAAAGAAAUCUAAACAGGAAUCCCAGCGAUCGAGUGCCAUCGCCAGCAAAAAUAUUACAAAGACGAAAUUGCGAGCAGAAAGGCCCACCCAAAGUAACGAGGGUGCAGAGGCGCGCAGGCGAGAGCAUCAAAAGGAACUCGCGGCAAAAAAAACCAAGGAAGGCCUUGAGCGAUUUGCUGGCACAACAGGUGAUGAGAAUGGUGUAGCACAAAAGAACUUCAAAAGAUUUGAGUCCUACAAGAGAGAUAGUCAGCUACCCACUCGAGUGAAGGAUUUAGCCGUCUACGUUGAUCUCAAGGCCUCGUCCAUUAUUGUUCCCAUUAUGGGCCGUCCCGUGCCUUUCCAUAUAAACACAAUCAAAAAUGCAAGCAAAAAUGACGAAGGUGAAUAUGCGUACCUACGUAUCAAUUUCCUAUCCCCAGGUCAGGGUGUUGGUCGAAAAGAUGAUCAGCCCUUUGAGGAUCCUUCAGCCCAUUUCUUGCGAAAUUUGACAUUAAGAUCCAAAGAUAAGGAUAGACUUGGCCAAGUGGCUCAGGAUAUCACCGAACUUAGGAAGAAUGCCCUGCGACGGGAGCAGGUCAAGAAAGAAAUGGAGGAUGUCGUUGAACAAGACAAACUUAUCGAAAUUCGAAAUCGUCGGCCGGUGAAACUACCUGAUGUUUACCUUCGACCCCCGUUGGAUGGAAAACGAGUUCCCGGAGAGGUUGAAAUACAUCAAAACGGUCUUCGAUACUUAUCUCCCUUACGAAAUGAUCAUGUUGAUGUUCUUUUCAGCAAUGUGAAGCACUUAUUCUUUCAACCCUGUGCCCACGAGAUGAUUGUUAUUAUCCAUGUCCACCUAAAAACCCCUAUUAUGAUUGGCAAGCGAAAGACUAGAGAUGUUCAAUUUUACCGUGAAGCCACGGAGAUGCAAUUUGACGAGACUGGGAACCGCCGGCGAAAGCAUCGAUACGGAGACGAGGAAGAGUUUGAGGCUGAACAGGAGGAAAGAAGACGCCGGGCCGCCUUGGAUCGUGAAUUCAAAGCUUUUGCAGAGAAGAUUUCUGAUGCCGGAAAAGAUGAAGGGGUUGAUGUCGACAUUCCAUUUAGAGAGAUCGGUUUCACUGGAGUGCCUAACAGAUCAAAUGUUUUGGUACAGCCCACAACUGACGCUGUUGUUCAGCUGACCGAGCCUCCAUUUUUGGUUGUUACUCUUAACGAAAUCGAAGUAGCGCAUCUGGAGCGUGUGCAAUUCGGCCUGAAAAACUUUGACUUAGUAUUUGUGUUCAAAGACUUCCACCGACCGCCUGCUCAUAUAAAUACAAUUCCUGUUGAAAACCUUGAGGGUGUUAAAGACUGGCUUGACUCGGUUGAUAUUGCGUUCACUGAAGGACCUCUCAACCUCAGCUGGAAUGCCAUUAUGAAGACCGUCACUAGCGAUCCCCAUGGGUUUUUCCGUGAUGGCGGGUGGUCCUUCCUGGCGACAGAGUCUGACUCCGAAGAAUCAGAAGAGGAUGAAGAGUCUGCGUUUGAAAUGGAUGAUUCUGAUGUGAACGAAUCCGAAGAAAGCUCUGAGGAAGAGAGCGAGUUUGAUGAUGAUGCCAGUGCUUCGGCUAGCGAAGGCAUCAGUGGAGAUGACGAUGAGGACGGCGAGGACUGGGAUGAGUUGGAGCGUAAGGCAAAAAAGAAGGACGCCGAAAAUAAAAUGGAAGACAGAGACAGCGGGAAGAAACGCAAACGCUAA